AUCCCUGACUGAACUGACAGCAGAGAGCAUAGACAGGAAAAUAAGUGUUGGAAGCUUGAUGUUGUGAGGUAGAGUAACUGCAUGUAGGUGUAAUCAGAAUAGCACCUUUAAGUUGGUGAAGUCUGUUUGAAUAGCGGUGAUGAUAGGAAUGUUUAAAGUUUGCUCAACUGUUGUUUGUCUGCUUGCUAACGUUAGGCUGCCAAGGAAACGUCAGCUUGCUAGUUACCUCCUAUGAAAAUGGCAAAUAUAAAGGGGCAUUCACAUACGUCGCUACUCGCACAUCGCUCCUGUGAAUGCAGCUUAAGGCUGAUGGUCAUGUAUGAAAGUGAGUCGGUAGAUUUGCAUUAUACGAAUGGGUCCCGUUUGUGUGUAUCACCUUGUGGUUCCGAAUUUUUAUUUGAAAAAGCUCUGCCCCCAAGUGCCCACCCUUUACAGGUUAGUGAGAAAGUGCGACAGAGAACUCGGUUCGCUAUCAGUGAAUACAAGGCUUUAUUGGUGGAUGCUUUGACGUUCAGAAACAAGUAUGCCACACAUCCAUUUUUACCAGAGGAACUCAUUCCUAGCUACAAUCGGAAGUGGUUGGUUUCAAAUGUGUCAGAUGUUGAUUGGCCAGCAGAAGGCUCUCCUGAAACUACCUGCCCUGGUGGGGAAACCAUCUUGAGUUCAGUGGACGGCAAUGGGAGGCUUAUUCUCACUUCAUCAGGGGAAGAAUUUUUUGUGGAAUUCUGCUGCAGGGUCAGUCAGAAAGAGUCUCCGAAACAUCUGACCCACCAAAUAGAAGAGUCCUCCAUGACUCCGAGCCGUCCAGUCUCCAGUGGGGAGAAAUCUGUGUCCAAAUCCACAUCGGAAGCAAUCAAAAGGGUGGAAGACCAUCGGAGUUGUGAAUCUAGUCAGCAGAAGGGACAUAUUAAACCAAUCACAGUUGGGGAGUCUCAAUCUGCAAGACCUGGGAAUGGUUAUCUUUUCACAACUGUUGUUCAACACCACUCUUGUGCCAGUUACCCAACAAAUUGCCACCAUCCUCUGUCUUUAGCCAUCAACCACUGGAAAACACAGAAUGGAGAAUCCAGUGAAAAUCUAAGCACAAACACACAAGAGGCAUCCACAAGCAAAACUUGCCAGGCCUCAAAAGCCGAUGGUACUCUUGGACCUAUCAGGUCUAUCCUUCCUGAAUCUCUGCCUCUUAGAUGUCCCUCUCCUCACAUGCACAGAUGGAACACUGGACCCUCACCAUUCAAUGAAGAGUCACAAGAAGGCAUGGCAACAGAACUUGUGAAAGUGCUGUGGUGUCAAGGUGUUCUAUAUCGAAUUAUUGGUGGCACAGUUCCCGUCAUAGAGAUUUCUCCAGGAGACGGAUCAGUCAUAAGAUCAAACGGGGUGUUGGCAAAUUACUUUACUCAUCACAAAGGAGGAUGUAACAUGGAGAGCACCUACUAUCUGAGCAGCCUUCCACCAGACAUCCCAGGCCAGAAAUACUCUGUGUCUUCAGUGGUGAUGCGUGCUAACAGGAUUUUGGAGUGUUACAACCAAGCCAAAGACUCUCUGAAACUGACCUACAUAAACUGCUGUUGGAAGAAGGAAGUGAGCAUUUCAGAGCCCCUGAAGCUUGUCCAUGAAGCACACAGGCCAGACUGGGGCCAUUUUCUGGCAUUUUCUGACGGUAGUGCUGAAAUCAUUUUUCUUGAUGGGGUCAAGGUGCACACAAUGUGGAGGAUUAACUCGAUCACACAAGCACAGAAACUUGGUCAGGGCCACCAGAUGCACUCAGAAGUACAGCAGCCUUGUAGCUGGUGUCAGUUGACUUUCCCCAAUGGACAACAACUCUUGGUGCAAGCUGAUACCCCAGGACCAUACCACAAAUAUUUGUCGCUCUCAGUUGAAUGGUGUUGUUGGGUUCAGCAGACAUGUCUCAGCCCCCAUCAGGCUUACGCCCCAGAACCUGCCCAGGUGCAGAGUAGCAAAACAACAUGCAGCAGAUCUGUGGUAGCAGAACUGGAGAAGAUCAAAAGGUUUAACUUUCUGCUGGAGAACAGCCACCUCAUCCGAACUCACAAAAGCUCCUCAGUUCCCAGCGAGGAUUCCAGAACCUCCAGUGGCACCACUUACUCUGUGGGCAAGAGCAGCAUCUCCGAUGCCCUCCAGAAAACAUCGAAAGCCAUAAAGGACAUUGAGACCCUACUUUCACACAAGAAAUAUGCCAGCAAUAGUCCAGCAUGA